GUCAAGCGUUGAAAAAACGCUCGAGAAAACACAUUUUCGUGGAGGUAACCUUCGAAAAUCUUUCUGACAAAUGCAUGGAAAAGUUCGGAAUACGGAGUACAAUAACAAGCGAUGUAGCCAAUGUGCCGUUCGAGAGACUCAAGCUGGUUUAAAUUAUUCUUCAAGAAAAUCUAUCAGUCUUACACCGGCGACGUGUACAUUUUACUGAGCGCAAACACAGAACGCUAUUACUCAAUGGACGAAAUGGCUAUUCCCUAAGGAAGACGGGAAAAAGCAAUCGAGCGAACAACGAUCCCUCCGCUUGCCGACUCUUCUUCCAAUCGGACCAAGUCGGAGGAAGUCGGAGAUCCUCGGGAAGGUUUACCAAUAAUCCUGUCACCGUCUUGUAGCUGAAUAAAAAGAUAGUAUAUGUAGCACCACGUGCUGCGUUUAUAAAUGAAAAAAGCCUUUUUUGAGUACCCUGUUGUAUGUUUGUUAAAUUGAAGUUGUAAACUGUUAAUUACAUUAUUUUUGGUGCUUUUUCACUUUUGUGCACAGUAAUAAAAAACUAUCUGAAGCAAGAUUAAAUAGACAAUAAGAUUUCAUAAUUGUUAUUUGUGUGAGAAGUAAAUUUAUUAGGGACUAAAAAUGAGUAAAAGAAAGUGUAGUGAAGGUGACCAUCAGGAUAAUGGCACUGAAAGUGAAGUCAAAAGAGUCUUGUCACGUUUCAAAUCUGAAACUGGAGAGAUUUUGCCUGGUGGUCUAUUGGAUCUUCCGGUCGAUAUAACUGUGGAUAAGUUGCAAUUAAUAUGCAAUGCUCUGCUGCAAGAAGAAGAUCCUGUACCACUAGCCUUCUUCGUUAAUGAUGUGGAGGUUGCUGGUACACUUGAGAAUAAUCUUAAUAAAAACUUUAGCACCAGUGAAGAUAUAGUAGAUAUCGUGUAUCAGCCACAAGCUAUCUUCAAAGUUAGAGCAGUGACAAGGUGUACUGGAUCCUUAGAAGGACACAAGGAGGCAGUUAUAUCAGUAGCAUUCUCUCCAGAUGGUAAAUACUUAGCUAGUGGCUCUGGAGAUACUACUGUUAGAUUUUGGGAUAUCUACACACAGUCUCCACACUUUACAUGUCAAGAACACAAGCACUGGGUUUUGUGUAUAGCUUGGUCACCCUGUGGAACUAAAUUAGCAUCUGCUUGCAAAAAUGGCACUAUUAUUUUAUGGGAUCCACUUACUGGCAAGCAAAUUGGAAGGUCGAUGAUUGGCCACAAAAUGUGGGUAACAUCACUAUCUUGGGAACCCUAUCAUCAAAAUCCUGAAUGUAGAUACCUAGUGAGUGCCUCCAAGGACUCUGAUUUGAGAAUAUGGGAUACAAAACUUGGGCAAACAACGAGGGUUCUGAGUGGUCACACAAAGAGUGUAACCUGUGUCAAAUGGGGUGGUAGAGACCUCAUAUAUUCAAGUUCUCAAGACAGAACAAUCAAAGUGUGGAGAUCAUCUGAUGGGAUACUGUGCAGAACAUUAGAAGGUCAUGCACAUUGGGUAAAUACAUUAGCACUAAAUGUAGAUUAUGCAUUAAGGACAGGGCCAUAUCAUCCUCUAGAAAAACCUAGUGACAAUUUAGUGGAGCAGGCUAAAAAACAUUAUGAAGCAAUUGGAGAGGAGAAGCUUGUGUCUGGCUCAGAUGACUUUACAUUAUUUUUAUGGAACCCAGAGAAGGAAAAGAAACCUAUUGCAAGAAUGACAGGCCAUCAACAACUUAUUAAUGACGUUAAAUUCUCUCCCGAUGGCCGAAUGAUAGCUUCAGCUUCAUUUGAUAAAUCUAUCAAAUUAUGGGAAGCUAAUACUGGAAAAUAUAUAACUUCAUUGCGAGGUCACGUUCAAGCUGUCUAUUCAGUAGCUUGGAGUGCAGAUUCACGAUUACUUGUGAGUGGCAGUUCUGAUUCUACGUUAAAAGUAUGGAGUAUCAAAACGAAGAAAUUGAGUCAAGAUUUACCAGGGCAUGCAGAUGAGGUAUAUGCAGUCGACUGGUCUCCUGAUGGUCUUCGUGUAGCGUCUGGGGGCAAGGACAAAGUUUUGAGAUUGUGGCAAAAUUGAAGAAUUUACUAUUUCUCGCAUCUAAUAGUCUAUCGAUAAUAUUGUAAAUCAUAAAAAAAAUAAAAUAAUUAGUUUUACAAA